AAUUGAUUUAAUAUGGAAAUAAUAUCAGAUUUUUUGCCAUUAAUUAAGGAGAGGAUACAUACAUGGUAAGAACACCAUAUGUGUUCACAUUCAUCGAAACUAUAUUUCGCUUCUUAUGAUAAAAUCACAUUCAUCGAAAUUUUCCGAGUUUUCUUCUUCUUCUUCUUCCGGGAAGGAUGGGUAGGAAGAUGCUGAAAAUGGAGAGAAUAGCAAACGAGAAGAAAAGGGUAACGACAUACAAGAAGAGAAAGGCAUGCCUCUUGAAGAAAGCCGAUGAGUUCUCCACUCUCUGCGGUGUAGAGACAUGUCUCCUCAUCUCCGGCCCCGACAGGACGGCGGCCGAGGCAGAGCCCGAGACGUGGCCGGCGGACAAGAACAGCGUCCGGGCAAUCAUCAACAAGUACAUAGACACCGGUCCGAACAGCUGCAGGAAAUCUUGCCAAAUACAUGAUGUCUUGUCGGAAAGAUCCAAGAACAUGGAGAAGAAGACUCCUCCAAAGAUCAAAUACUGUACAUGGGACGAGAAGCUCAGAGGGUGUUCUCAAGAGGAGCUCUGUAGAAUUCUGGGCAAUAUCGAUGAGAAUAUCGACAAGGCCCAGAGGUUUGUCAGUGUCUUGGAGCAGCAACCGGUGGUUCCUUGGUCUACUCUCGGACAUGUCGGCUUGCCCUUUUCGAAUCCCCAUGAUCAAGUGACUGUAGAUCCAGUUAAAGCCCUGAUGAUGUUAAGAUGCUGCAAUGGCUACAACUUCUUUCCCGGGAUCUGCAUUGACCAAGAGGUUCAGUAUGGCUCGGUACCAAUACAGGGACCGGCUUAUUUCGAGCCACACUGGACACAAGAGAACAUUGUGUUCAACGGGACAGAUCAGUUCAUAAGCAAUCGUGUCAACAAAUGGGAGAAUUCAGGCAAUGAUCAGAUGUGAAGGGCAACAUACACAGUGAAAGCUUUUUAGGGGUUUAUUUGUUUUUUUCUGGUUCUUGUAAGAUCACUGGGUUCUGAAACAUCAUUAAUACUAUGGUUUCCUUACAUAUGAGGUAUUAUAUGGCAUAAUGUAAGAUCAGUAAUGGGCAAACGGCAGAAAC